UUCAUUUGGAUGGGUCUGGAAUAGCUGGGGUUGCACCUGCUCUGGCCCUCUCGUUCAUAAGGCCUUGCCAGUGCUGCUUGCUCCAUUAAUGACUCGGACCUGGAUCCACAGAGAGUUGCUUGGGAUAAGAUGGUCCGACUAAUAACUACAUAGCAACAGUACAAGCCUUAUGUACUGUUGUUUUAAUUGACGCAGAUAAUGUUUGAUUCUUUUUGUGUCUUGAGACCCUAUUAUCGAGUCUGCUUCAUUCAUAUCAUGACAGCAGUGACAUCUCGUGUUCAGACACCAUUGUACUAUUUAAAGCGUCAAAGGCAGUCGACGUGUUAAAUUUAGAGUUAGUGUUUGAAAGUAUCCACUGUUAUUUGUUCAAAUAAAAUAGGUGGAAGAUAAAAAAAAAAAAACGUAUUUGGAAUGCACAACAAUCCUAAUAUACACACAGACAAAGAAAGCGUGUUUAGUUUCGGUUUCGUUUCCCUGAAUUGAAAACCGGAAGAGAAAAACGAGCUUGUACGAUACUGUGCCAUAAGAGAAAAUGGCAGGGACGGUUUCUAAAAUCAUUUAUGACAACCUGUGCGCAAACCAAGGAUGUUUGGAGUUCAUGGAAUUUAAAGAAGUACUUCGAAAAGGUCGUAUCACAGUUGACCACUCGGUCCUUCUAAAAAUUGUAUCUGACAAUUGGAAAUUUGCGGUUCCAUUGGCCAAGGAAAUAAAACCAAGAACUCUGGUCGUGGCGAGAACCCAGUUGAGGGUCUGCCAGAAGGCGCAGGGAGAAUGUCCCCAGUGCAACCACUUGCAGUUGUGCAGGUAUUUUAUAUGCGGAUACUGCAGAUUCGGAAAUAAAUGCAAACAUUCCCACGACCUGGCUUCUCAACACAAUUUAACCAUUUUGAUGGAGGCUGGACUACAAAAUCUGACUGGAAAAGAGCUCUUCCCAUUAUUACUGCAAAACGAUGCCUACUUGCUUCCUGAGAUAUGUUCACAUUAUAACCGGGGCAAUGGUCAGCAUGGUAUCUGCAAGUUCCCAAACUCUUGCAUCCGCCUCCAUGUCUGUCAGCACUUUCUUCAAGGUGACUGCAAGUUUGGAGAAAAUUGUAAGAGGGAGCAUUCCUUCAACGAUCAGGUGCUGAAGAUCCUGAAAGGCAGAGGUCUCAGCGAUGACAAUAUAAGCAAACUGUACAAAAUCUACCGCUGCAAAUCCAUCAUCAACCAUCAACCGCCUAAUCUUGAGAAUCUUUUAGCACACCCAGAGGUGACGGACAGUCUGCCAAUCAGAAGCCUCGAAAUAAAGUCCACCACCAGUGAUACUUCUGCUGCCCCCCCAACCAGUGAGGCCGACCGUGAUGAAAUCUGUCUCUACUUUCUACGCCAACAUUGCAGCUUUAAAGACAAGUGUGUACGGGUGCACUACCAGCUACCUUAUAGGUGGCAGCUCCAGGACAGUGUGUCUCACAGCUGGAUUGAUAUGCCUAACAUGGAGACCAUGGAGAAGGCCUACUGUGACCCUAAGAAAACAGUCAAAAACCUUGGGGGAACUGUCCGUCGUUUAUCUACGGUCUCCUCUGUCUCCAAGCCCAACUACUUCAUCCUCACCACUGAUUGGCUGUGGUACUGGCAGGACGACAAUGGGAGCUGGGAGGAGUAUGGACAGGACAAGGUGGGUGAGGAUGGUGGAAGUACUGCUUCUGUCAAUUCUGGCACUCUGGAGCGUACCUACCUAUCAGAAACAGAGGUGGAAUGUUUCAGUGCAGGCAAACACAAUUACACGAUCAACUUCAAAGAGAUGCAGCAGCAGAACCUGAAGUACGGAACCCAGAGAGAGGUCCGCAGACGGCCUCGCUUUGUGUCCACCCAGGAGGUGCAGGACAAAUUGAGAGGCAUCUCAUCACCAAGUGCCGCGUCCUCUUCCCUAGGCGAUUCGGUACCAGCGAACUGGGAGAAGACUGCCCUACCUAACUUUGGAUAUAAGGUCAUCCCACUGACCAGCUCCUCCACGGAGUACCAGCUGGUCGAGAGCUGGUUCAAGUGCACCAUGAAGACCAGCUUGAUCAACAAAAUCGAGCGCAUACAAAACCCCGCGCUUUGGAAGGUCUUUCAAUGGCAAAAGACUCUGAUGAAGGGGAAAAAUGGAGGAAAGCCUGUAGACGAACGCCACCUGUUCCAUGGCACAGAAGAGUCUCUGCUGGAUCCCAUCUGUGAGCAGAACUUUGACUGGAGGAUGUGUGGAGUCCACGGCACAGCAUACGGCAAAGGGAGUUACUUUGCCAGAGACGCCUCCUACUCAGAUAAGUACUCCAAGGCCCACCGGGGCCUGAGGAGGGUGAUGUUCGUGGCCCACGUCCUGGUCGGGGAGUUCACUUUGGGCAGCAGCAGCUACGCCCGCCCCCCAAGCAAAAGCACCGGCACAAGCCUCUACGACAGCUGCGUGGACCGCGCCAGGGAUCCCAGCAUCUUCGUGGUCUUUGAGAAACACCAGAUUUACCCGGAGUACAUCAUUGAUUAUUCCUGAACACCGGGCUCUGCCUACUAAGCCACAUACAUGCCUACCCUUUGAUCUCUGUCAAUUUCUUAGACUUUAAGAGGUGCCCUGUAUCCUUUAGCUGCCAAGUGUAGUCAUGCAUGUCAUUAUACAUAUUGUUUUUUUUCUUAUAUUCAAAUAUUUGGGUUUAUCCGGGCCAACAAUUUGGGAACAGUUGAAAAACAAGUCUCUUGUUCCGUGUCAUGCAAACUUAAGUGAGGAACAACUGAUUAUUUAGCAAAAAUAACAAUGUCAUAUUAUGCAUUGUGGGUCAUCUUUGGCUUAGCAAGUUGAUGAAGGACUCUACAACUCCAUGUCUUAACUCAGGCGUAAAAGGGCAUAAUAAAUAACUUUUUAUAAUAGUUUUUUUAUUUUAUUAGUUUUAACAAUUCCAUUAUUCAAAUCAGUUCAAUUAGUAUAUGAAUGCAUAUAAAAACAAUGCACAACUUGCAACAUAAUCUUGAAACUAAAAAAAAAAAUCACAUCAACUGUAAUCCAGUGCAAUCCCAAUGGCUGCAGCCCACCUCGUGCAAAA